CCGGCUGCUUUCUCUGCCUCUCCGAGCAUCUUUGAGCUGUUUUGACAUAUGUGCUGCCUCUGUGCUUCUCUGCUGCUUUCUUUUCUCUGCCUUUCUACCAAUCCCAUACCUCUCUCCAUACCUCUGUAUCUCUCCGUUUUCCCCUCCAGGACAGGAAAAGGAGCGGUAGCAGGGAGCACCAGCGAAGAAGGCUGACCACAAUAACAGGAAGAGGAAGUGGGCAGUGACCCGUGUGAGAGAGGACUGCGGUUGGACAGCUGUGGUUCAACACUUUUGGCCACUGGAUGAGAAAACCACAUCAGAGACGACAGGAAGAAAAAAAGAGCACGAAAAACUCUAAACCUGUUGGAACCCUGUGGAAAAACCUUGACGACCCGAGGAAGGAAAACAGGCUGACAAAGACAUUUCUGAGUAAAAACUUUCGACUUGGAAAGUCUCGAGACUCGACAAAGUGAUAUCACAGCGAUUACCCGCUGAGUAAACUCUGGUUUUCAUUCCUGAAUUUGUUGCUCACAGAUUCUGUAGGUUUAUCUUUGGAAAUCCAGCUCUGGGAUACAUUCUCACUCAAGAGGAAUCAACCAAUACUUUCAUCAUCUCAGACUUAUCUUAUUAUCUGGUCCAGUCCAGAAAAGGAUUUGUACAGAAGCCUGGUGAUCCAAGAGAAAACCCUGCCUGUGCAGCACCUGCUGCUCUCGUUCAACGUCAGAAAACACCAGCAGACAAAAAGGAGUCAGAGCGAGGAAGAGUUGAAUCAGGAGGUGGUUUUACUCCCCGUCGAGCGUACGACCACCUGCCAGCCACUGAUUUCUACCACAACCUGCCACAUUAAUAAAGCACAACUCCAGUUUGAGCGAGCAAGAGAGCACUGUGAAAGAUUUGGGCAUCAUUUUGUGUGAUGAUGGCUUUGCUCCAGCUGUGGACCAUGGGGCUCGUGGCCACUGUAGCCUUGUCUGUCUCACUUACUGUUGCUGAAGAUUUAGGCCUUCCCGUGGGGGAAGCGGAGAAGCUGGGCCCUGCUGACAUUGUGAAGAAGGAGUCUCACCCUGUCCUGUUCAGGCAGAAGAGAGACUGGAUCUGGAACUCUCUCUAUGUGGAGGAGGAGAAACCUGCACCUAUCCCCUACAAGAUAGGACAGCUGAAAUCGAGCCAGAACCUGGCAGUGAAGAGUUUUGAAAUAGAUGGUGAAGGAGCAAACACCAUCUUCACUGUGGAUCGCAAAGGAGACCUGUUUGUCACCAGAGCUCUGGACAGAGAGGAGAAGAACUCAUACCAUUUGACCGCCAGGAUGUUUGAUGGGAACAGGAAGUUGAUAGAGGAUUCGGGACACUUUAUUGUCCAAGUUACGGAUAUCAAUGAUAACAGCCCAGUUUUCCCCAGAACAUAUAAUGGAUCCAUAAUGGAGAGGUCCAUGAUAGGAACUAAAGUAGUUGAGGUUAAGGCAACCGAUGCUGAUGACCCCACAACUGCCAACGGAGAGCUCAGGUACUCUUUGAUCAACGACCUUUCUGCCUUCGAAAUCGACAGCAACACAGGUGUGAUCAGCUGCAAGAUAAACACUCUGGACCGGGAGAGCAAGAGUCACUAUGUGGUGGUGGUUAAAGCUCAGGACAUGAGAGGAUUUGCCUCUGGCAGCACAGCCACCACCUCCGUCAGCAUCAGCAUCACCGACACCAACGACAACAUAGCCUCUUUCACCCGAAGGACAUACGAACUGCAGGUUCCAGAGGACCACAAUGUGAAUGAGAGGAUAGGCACUCUGGAGUUGGAGGACAGAGAUCAGAUUCAGAACAAAGAACCCAUCUUCACUCUCCCGAGUGAAAACAGCAGACUGUUUAAUAUUGAAGCCAGCCCUAACAAGGAUGGCAACCUCAUGCUCAAAAAGGCUCUGGAUUACGAGACAACGAACAGCUACACUUUCACGGUCCAGGUUCGGGAAGACCUGACACACCUGCGCUUUCCUGCUGACAACCUGAACAGUGCCGUCACAUCAGCCCAGGUAUACAUCAAGGUGUUGGAUGUGGACGAGCCGCCGGUCUUCUCCCCGGACAGCUACACUUUCACUGUGGUGGAGGAAAGUAUUGUGAACAACAUAGGAACAGUCAGUGCCAAAGAUCCUGACGGAGACAACAAGCACAUACGGUAUUCCAUCUUGGACAAGGACUGUCCCAUCGGUAUCAACCCGUCCACGGGUCAGCUGUUCACCCUGAGGAUGCUGGACAGAGAGCUGGAGGCCACACACGUGUUCCAAGUUAAGGCACAAGAGCAGCCAAAUGGUUUGGAGUCAUUUGUGAAAGUUAACAUUACAGUUGAGGACAUCAAUGAUAACAAGCCUGAACUGACUGUGGAUGAGAUCUUCCUGUGUGAGAAUGACAUGACCGACACGGUGAUAGGAACUCUGAGAGCCACAGAUAAAGAUGACCAGCCAGCUUCGUUCAGUUUUAGCCUGGCCACUGAGAGCUCCAACUUCUCCAUCAGAGACCACGGCAACAGCACAGCAGACAUCAUUGUGAAAAUGGGGCCGUUCAGCCUCGAUGACCCCAAAGAUUACAGUGUGGAUGUGCGCAUCUCUGACGGAGGACAACCCAUCCAGACCAGCAUCACCAAACUGGCAAUCAAGUCCUGUCGGUGUGAUGUCAGGCGGAUUCCUACGCAUUGCAAAGCUGGAGCUCGCAGGAUGGGAGUGAGCGUUCAUGCCCUUAUAGCCAUCCUGCUCUGUAUACUCACCAUACUGGUCAUAGUGAUCCUGUUUGUGAUGAGGAAACGCUACCAGAAGGAUUCUCUGGCCAGUAUGAAAAACAGCGGUGAGAUUCACGAGCAGCUGGUCACCUACGAUGAGGAGGGAGGAGGAGAGAUGGACACCAAUGGCUAUGAUGUCUCAAUCCUGUCUUCUGCAUGCCACGAUGGCUCCCUACUCCGUCGCCCGGAUCACCACCCCCACCCGUCUCUCUACGCCAUGGUCCAGAAACCCUCUCACCACUCUCAGCCCACGGCCUGUAAGGGCGACAUGGCCAUGAUGAUCGAGAUGAAGAAAGACGAGGCGGAUCAUGACCGAGACGGCUUCCCGUACGACACUCUCCACAUCUAUGGCUAUGAGGGACCUGAAUCUUUAGCUGGAAGUCUCAGCUCUCUGGGAAGUUCCUCCACUGGUUCGAAUUUGGAUUAUGACUUCCUCAGCGACUGGGGGCCGAGGUUCAAGACCCUGGCUGAGCUAUAUGGUGUGGAUGGACCUGAGUAUUACCAUCAGUACUGAUGGAUAUGGUCUGCUAGUUAGCAUAUGGUUUGCCUAAAUGCACAUACAUUAAAAACAGCCAUAAAAAUGCACUGACACAAAGCCAGAAGCGCAUAGCAAAUACACCCAGUAACACACGCAUACAGCCAGGCUCUGAUACUUUUCAUUUUGUUUCUGGACAAGAUACGUCGAUCGAGUAGACAACCAUGUUCUCCAAAGACUUCUCUGGCUUCUGAAAACAGAAUCAGGGCACUCUUUUUUCCAGUGUAACAACAACUAACUUAUGUUAUCAUGUGUAAUUCAGUAAGUCAUCCCAGUCUGUUCACUGCCUGUCAGUAAAUAGGAGCUUCAUCAAACUCCAGGAAGCACCAUUCAAUUAAAUAAGUUUUUGUUUUUGGAGAUCUCUGGUGUCCUUUGCCUCCUAAAAUGACAUGUUGAAAAGAUUUUUGAAGUAACACCAGGACAUGAUGCCAAAGGGGAGAGUGACAACAGAUUUGAAAGAUUGUUGGUGACAGUGUGAGAUUCACACAGUGAGGGUGCAUUUUAUUCCUUCACAGUGUUGUGAUGUUUGACAUCACAACCCAUGGAAGAUCUGGAAGUCAACUUCAGGCUGUGUCUUGGAUCCAUGAUGGGGUAAUCAGUUCACUGCUGGCCAGCAGUUUAUGUUACUCAUAAAUACAAAUUUUUUUUGCAUUCAAUUCAUGUCACAGCUCCUUUACGCUGCACCAUUUUGCAUCCCCUUGUUGAUACUAGUGACUCUAUUGCAGGUAAAGCUUUUUGUAUCAUGUCUCUUACAAAAUUUGUCUUUUCAAUACACAACUAGACAAAGAUUCACCACAAAAAUAAUACCUCAAACAUAUGCUUUGUCUUAAAAUCUGAAUUAAAAACUGAAUACAAAUAAAAGCUUUAAAUUUGUUUAUUUUCAUCCUACAGGGGAUGCAAAAUGGUGCAGAAUAAAAGAUACUUUUGCCAUGUUUUUAUUUAAAUUUUUUCAUCUUACUCUUCUCACUGGUGUUGUUGGCCAGUAAUUUAUACAGGGCCAAAAACACAAUGAGAACAAGGCGAUUUUAUUUUGGAUCUGAAGUUGGUGGUCUGAUUUGUAAAUGUGAUUGCUGGAUUUUUUUUGUGUGUGUGUUUGUUUGAGGUGAGGUGAAAAACUAAGCAGCUGCAAGAGUUUUAAUUCUAAGAGGUCUGAGUUGUUUGAUCACAGCGAGAUGCCAGUUGUGUUUGCUUUAUCUGAAAUACAAAAAAGGACUGUCUUUAAGGUAAGCUAUGGAAAACUCACACUGUUCAUCAGUCUGCAAUGUCCACCGGGUUGUUUUGUGACAUUGCCCUCCUUGUAGGCAAUACUUACAGUUUUACUACAUUUUCCUGAAUGCAAUCUUGCACCAAGUCUUGACAUAACACAAGGUGUUUGCCAAGAGAGUAAAGAACAAGUUCAUAUGAGGUCCAUCAAAAGUUUUUGAAUAGAAACCUUAAAACUUGUAUUUUUCCUCCUUCGUUUCUGAAAUCCACCACCUAAAAUUAGUGAGGAGUCAUUUUCCAGCAAAGUCAUUUUGUCCAUUUUCCCAGUUAUCUUCUACUCUUGGGAGAGAAACAGGCAGACAGAAAGGAAAUGGCACUAUUGCUGCUCAGACAGAAUUACAGCGUGUUCCCAGGGUUUAUUUGACAGAAACUAUCAUCACACUUAUUGUUGAGAUGAAAGCCCAAUUCUCAGAGGCCUGCUAGAACAAAAGUCAUUCAGACAACUCAGGAAGCACCGAGUGGCAGCUGCAGCUAGUUGGGCAGUUGUGAUAGCUCUGAGGUGGCAAGAAUAACUUUAACCUCUCAUCCUUUUUGGCUACCGUCAGGUCAUAAAACGUCUUCUUUAGAACAUUUUAGCAUAUUUACGGAAACAAAAACAAAACAAAACACUGUACUGAUCAUUCAUUUAAAACAAAGUUUGAAUCCCUCGACCGACUUGGCACUAUUUCUCAACUCUGGGUUGUGCCAUCCAACAGUGAGGCAAACUGAUAAAGGGUUAUUGAUUUGACAUUACUUUACUCCUAUGGAUUGACUGACUAACCAUUUCAUAAUUUAUUCACAUUGGUAGGUCUUUAGUGCCCUUUUGAAUAAAAUUUAGACCUAUAAGUAAUCAAGAGCGAUUUUAUCCAUGGAUUGUCUGACUGCCGGCCAGCUGGACAGGAAAGUAACUGAGUAGCAUUUGGCCUGGAGAUAAAUCGUGGCCUUUGGAGAAAGUCAUUUAAAAAGGUUUAUAAAAGGUAAAAAGGUCAGUCAUUGUCAUUAAAAUAGUCUUGUGGGCAAUGACAUAUCUCAGUACAUUGUUGAGCUGAGUUCUGUGCUGCUGAAGAUGCAACCACGUGUCCUGAGGACGGUCCUUUUUGCUUCUGCAAAUGUGAAUUCAUGCUAGUUCAGACAAUAUAGUUUAUUUACUCUCCUGUUUAUUAUGUUUUGUUUGGACUUGAGCUCGUUCCUUUAAAACUCUGGCCUGCAUGGAAUGUCAUUUGAUAAACGGUGGAUACAAUAGCUGGAAGCCCGCUCAUUGCUUUCCUGUUGGGUUCACAUAUAUACAAAGUGUAGCCAGUUCCUCCACCUCACUGUUUCUCUCGCUCUCCUCCUCCUCCUCCUUGUUUGGGUCACUGUAACUCUACAACACUGCUGCUCUCUCUCUCUCUCUCUCUCUCUCUUCGUCCUCUAAUCAGCUAAACCAAACAGUGGAGUCGACUUCCUUUCCAUCUGGGGCUUUGCGCCCGCCCACUUCCUGUUCGCGUUAUCUCCUGUGAGGGAACACAUUGUGUUCACUUCCUGUUAGCCCAGCUUGGGAAACAAUCUUGGAGAGGAAAAGGGAGCGAGGCAAGAAGAAACACUGGAUAAGGUUGGGGGUUAACAAGAAAGAAAGAUGAAGAACAAUGUAGAGCAGUGAUGAGUUUUCCAGCCGAGCAGAAACUUCAGAGCGAAGAUGCUUGUGAUGAAACACUGAGAUCCAUCACACACACACAAGUGAUGUUAACAUUGUGCUGCCCUGGCAUCUUUAUGAAGCAAUGUUGAACACAACAUUCAAAAACCAAUACAGAUUACUCACAAUUUAUGUAUUAAGAUUUAUAAAAGAGAACUCCUCAUCCUGGUGGCUGAAAGUGGCAGAAAAAAAAGUAUUUUAAAAUCAAAAGGACUUAAAGCCUUAUUGUUUUUGUAUUUUUAAGGUUUGCACUGACUAUUUCAUUUGAAUCAUGAGUUGAAAUAUAAGACCUUUAAAAGAAAAAAGAAAAUGUGAGUUAGUGUGAGUCUAAGCCAUCCAUUGCGCGAACAAUGACUUACUCCUCUGAUCGCCAUCUUUGUUUGAGUCAAACAAUGAAGAGUCACCUUGUGAAUCUUCACCCCAAAUUGGAGGAUAUAACUUUUUGUCCUGCCAUUCCAGAACUGUGGCUUUGAGGAGUUUGUGUUUUAUCAUGGCUAUUGUUGAUUACAGCUUUUAUUUUGAAUGAAAAAAUCUGUGUUGUUGAAAUUGGCAGCCUGAAAGAGAGAGCUGCUCCGUUAUCUACUUUCCCAACAGCAAUAAGUGUUAUGUGUACUUAGGGUGAGAAAAUAGGAGAGGCAGAUGGAAUUUCCUAACAAUUUUAGCCAGCAGUGUUUUCCGCUGUUCCAAGUUCUGCUCCAAAACUGUAUGUAAAAAAUUUGAGGUAACAUAUUUGUAUACAUUUACUUCUAAAAGAUUCAUCAGUAGAUCAUCAAUCAUUAAACAAGCACAUGUUUAGAUGUGUAUGAUUCCAUUUUAAAAGUGCCAUCAGAUAUCGCAAAACUUUACACAACUUAAGAGGAUUCCUGUAUUCUCUUUGGCAUUGUUGUGCAUUUUCAAAGCCCAACAGUAACAUUCGUAAUGUCCUAAAAAAGUGCCAUAUUUGACUUUUUUUUUGCUGGCCCGUGAAGGUUGUGGGAGAGCAUUCGUCUCCUCUGUCAAACGUUGAAUCACUUUGGAUCCAGGCAGUGGAAAUAAAUCUCUCAGGCUGGGAUCCAGGCACAAAGAAAAAAAAACAAAAAAUAAAAAACAGUUGUUAACUUUUAUGUCAAGAAACAAACACCCUAUGUGUAUCAAUAUACUCUCUUCACAAAGCAAACCUUUACGGUAUUUAACUGUAAUUUCAUCAUACGCUGUGGGGCUAUACUUUAAACGAACUGUAUAUAUUAAAAAAAUGUGCCUAAUAGUGAUUUUUCUCUGGCCUCACCUUGUUUAUAGUUUGUCUCAGUUACUGUGUUUAGAAGAUGUUAAACUUGACACAAUCUUUUUUUUCUUAAAUUGCUGUAAAAAAAUAACAAAAGGUCCAUUUUCUACAAACAAAAGAGAGUAGCAUGAGUAUCACUCACUCAUCACUCUAUUGUAUCACUCAGUCACUUCAUGCAUGAGUGACUGAGUGAUAUAAUUUUUUUUUUAUUUUUGCUUGUGUGUGUGUGUGUGUGUGUGUGUGUGUGUAUGUGUGUGCUUGUGAUUUUACAUGUACAUACACAGAAAAGGGUGUCAGCCUAAUAAAAAAUAGCAGCAACGUGAUGAUUUUUCGCCUGUGUAAAUACAGUGAGGGUGGUUAAGGGAUCAAUAUGUGCCUUUUAUUCUUUAAAAACAAAAAAAAUACUGUAAUUCAUUUUUUGAUUACAAACACAAUGUUUUCUAUAUUGUUUUUAUGGUGUAUAGCAACUACUUUUUAUUACCUGACAUUUUUGUAAGUGUAAAAUAAAAAUAAACACUAAAAUAAG